UGCGUGGAAUAACAUAGCGCAGACCACUUUUCAAUGUUGGGCAUAAAUCAAAAAUAUCUGCGACAAGCCCACUGCGACACACUGCUGCAGGAGUAUAACCAGCCCUUAAAACCUCCAAUGUGUCGUGUGUGCCAACCACUGUGCCACUGAAGCAUGCUCGCGGCUGUUUUGUUUCUGUCCACACACGCCCUAUUUCUCAACACAAUGGAUUGACAACACCUUUGAAUCAACUGUGUGUUCUGAAUGUAACGUACUUGUAAUUAUCUUGAAUGUCUCUUAAACCAGGUUGUUCUUCGCCUUUUUCCCAGACUUUUGUUGAAUGUCGACUGAGGAAGUGCAAGAAUCUAGAAUCUUCUGCAUUCCUGUUGCACUACAUAAAUGACUGAGUGGACAACUGAACUCUCUUAAACUUCGGAAGACGGUGAAGCUUCUGAGAGGCCUUAAGACUGUCCUGGUGAUGGCUUAAAUCUUUGGAGGACCAGUUCUACUCCAUAUUCAGAACACAUUUGCGUUCAACAUUUUCUUUUCUUUUGCUUUUGGACUUAUGUCUCAACUCUCAGAGAUGUAUGGCUACCCCCAGAGAGAUAAUUUUUUCCCCCCAUGUGUCGUUUAAACUGAACAUUUAGGUAGCGCUGAUGCAGGUCCACAAUGCGAUGGUGGUAAUACAUUAACUAUCUUCUGUCCAAUUUUUAAGCAACUGACUUAGGCACCACUCUGCUCAUCUGUGGGGGGGCGUUAAUCUAUUGGUAUUGGUAAAACCAUGUCAUUACCACCGUUUAAUCCCUAUAAUUCAAGGAAUCAAAAUCCUACCCAAGGUCAGCCCACUAGGCCAAUCUCUAGUAGAUAUUCAGAGAUGGACAACUGGAGGGCACAGCGACUUAUUGAUCCUGAUCCAGAAAGGCGGCGUUCUCCACCAUCUUUGGAAACUUCAGGAAAAAGAGUCCCUCGAAUACUAGAUAUUCCAAUGACUUAUAGGUCUGAACAGAGAAUGGUGAUGUCAGAAAGGGACUUUGAAAGAUCAGCUGGGUUCCUUGACAGCAGAAUUCGAGAGGACACUGUACCUCCGCCUUUAAGCUUUUCAUCCACCACCAGAAGUGUGCCAUCCUUUGAUGAUACUGACAGAGAUGGAGAAUCUGAUGAUGAAAGUGACAGCAACUCUUUGAGUUGGUUGCAGAUUUGUAAGAUCCCUUCAGAGGAUAAUCCUGGGAAAUUUCAGCCCUCAGUUUCAUCUCACCAUCCCAGCACCAGCGAUGGUAGGUGUUUUUCUGGCGAGAGACAACACAAUAGGGAAUCUCUGUCUGUAGCAAGAAGUUAUGAUAAUCCAACUCCAGGCAAACAGAGCAAUGAGGUAUCUCAACUCCAGUCUACUUCAGAACUUGCUGGUGUUCUCCUACAGCGCUUUGGACUUGAAAAAGAAGACUUGGAUUAUCUCCUGAUGUUACCUGAAGAUCAAAUAAAUUCUGAUAAUAUCGAUAUGAUCUUGAAACAGAUCAUCCAUAUGAAGAAGAAAACAUCUUCAACACAAUCCUGCUCUGACCCCCAACCCUCCACAAGCUUUUUUGGACAGGACGAGCCUAAAGACACAAGAGAGCCAGAGAUGUUCCAAGACGAUAUCUUUACAAGGUUCUUGAAACCUGCCAAAGUGAUGGACUAUGGACAUACUAGGAGUUAUACUGUGGUUGGGGAGAAAAAUGAAAAUGUCAUCAGUCAUGAGACUAGACGUAAGAACGAUACCUCUAGCAGAAGCAGAUCUAAAGAAACAUCGGGAAAAAAUACUACCGAAGUGAAGACCAGCUUGCCAAUUCCUUUACUUGAGUCGACAGAUUUUUCUUCAAGACUGACAUCUACUAGCAGGUCUGGGAGUCUUCAAACCAGAAAUCUACCUGGUAGGCCACAGUCUCAACCAAUCCAGGCUUCUCAAAACACCCCUAGCUCGUUGAUUACCCAAAAUAAAAACACAGACCCAUCUAUGAGGGGACUAAACCAACCAGCGUUGGUCUCUAAAAAAAGUUCUGCCUCCUUUAUUCCACCAGAGGCAGACGGGGAUGCUCCUAAAGAGCCGACGACCCAUGCAGAUCCCAUUGAGACAUUGCAGAGCCAGAACCAGGCACCACAGAUUGGUUUCAUUCCUUUUAUUAUUUCAAAGCAAAUUGCAGAAGAAAGGAAAAGAUCCAAUUUGUCUUAUAGACACUAUCGCAAACCGGGUCCUCCACAAGUGGAAGCUCAAGAUUCAGAAAAAUCAAAACCACCUAACUCACCACCAGGUGAAGGUGAUGGUAAGCAAAGUAGUCCUACUGAUGAUCCGAGUAAAACCCACAAACAUCCUGCCGGGGUAGCUAAAGAGCAGGUAAAGGAAAAACCAGCACCAGAAGAACUAAAGCAAACGUCUCAAGGAAGUAAAUUAACAAAAGACUCCAAGAACACCCACAUGAUGAGGCAAACUAAAUCCCAAGGCAUUACAAGAGAAGAGGCAUUACAGCCAUAUUCUUCAUCCGCGGAACGCAGUGCUUCAAAUGCUUUUGUUUCGAAAUCACUUGCUCCUCCUCCACGUCGGUCAAACACUGAAGCAGAUAAACGCCAUAGUUUGGUAAAGUCUGCUUACAGCGAGUUGGAUCUAAAGAAGAACAAGGUUUUCAAGGGAGUACCAAGGCAGUCCAAGAUCAAUGACUAUUUAGAUGUCACUCCACCAGGCUUUCCACAUCGCUGCACUCUUUGUAACGUCUCAUCUAACAACGUAAAGGAAUUGGCUUCCCAUCGUAAGACCACCCUCCACCGCGAGAACUGCAAGUUACUUCAGAGAGAAUAUCCAGACUGGCAUCACGGGAAACAAGAUCAGAGAGUCUCGGAUAAAAAAUCUAGAACCCGGAGUAGGAGCCGUUCCCAUUCACACGGUUCCUACCGCCGUCACAGAGACAGGUCCAGCAGCGGCUCCUGUUCUCGCUCACGCUCCCGUAGCCCACAGCGCAGUCGUACAAAGGAAAGACGCACCGAGAGCAGCUCCCGUAACCGCUCAGGCAGCCCACAGCGUAGUCGUACAAAGGAAAGACACACCGAGAGCAGCUCCCGUAACCGCUCAGGCAGCCCACAGCGUAGUCGUACAAAGGAAAGACACACCGAGAGCAGCUCCCGUAACCGCUCAGGUGUCCAGUCUCUCUCAAACCCUUCGGAUUUGGAGGCAUUGGAUGAGUCCUCAUCUGAAAGGUCAGUGAAGCUCAAAGGGAUCCGAUGCUAUAACUCAUACACUGAACUCUCCACUGCCCUGAAGUCAUUUGGGAAGAUCGAGACGAUUUUGCUACGUAGAGCUCGACAAAAGGCAAAGGUCAUUUUCAGGGAAGUGGAAGCUGCAGAGAAACUCCGGCUCGCCAAGGGCUUCGACUUGACUGCAAACUAUAUUUCUGUGAUUCCUGCUUCCACUCCUACUAAAGAGCAGAAAACCACUCCUCCGCUAAAAUCUGCUGACGAUGAUGUCACAUCCCGAAAGAAGGAAACUGCUUCACAUUCCUUACCUCAAGAGAAAACUACAACCGGCACGAGUGGAAGGGCUGCAGAUCAGAGAGAUGACACUGAGACAAAGAUCACCAGCCUCAAAGAAGAGACGGCUUCAGCCCCAGCGGAACCUAAAACUAAAGCAGACAGUUCAGGAACCAAAGAAGCCGAAGCUGUAAAAGAUUCAGAAAGUUCAGAAGACGUUGGCCCUGAAGAAGCUGAAAAAGACUCUUCAAAAGAUGUUCACGACACACAAGUCAUAGAUGGAGACAAUUUAAUGGAUGAGACCAUAACAGAAUCUGAAGGUCCAGAAACCGAUGCCCCAAAUGAGCUGGUUUCUAAACCUGACGGUGAACACAAACCAGAGGAAAACGUUGUUCACCAAGGGGUGGAUUCUAUGGAGGAUGGAUCAACAGCAAGAGAAGAAGAAACCCGGGCUGAAAAAGUGGAAGAAAAAACAGACAAUUCGACAGCCUUGGUAGACCCAAGGCCCAGAAGAAGCCAGAGAACCAAGAUGUCUAAGACUGAGGAGGACCCUCCAAAGAAGUAUAUGUCGAGAACAAAGAACAGAAAAGCAGAACAAGAGGCAGAAAAAACAGAGGAAGCUACUGCGACUUUAGAUGCUGCUGAGAAAGAGGUGACUGAAGAAGAUGAACCUGUGAUGCAGCAGAAAGCCAAGAGAGGGAGACCAAGGAAAAGCAGCAGGAACACUAGAAACCAAAAGGCUGCUUUGAAAAACAAACAGCCCUGCAGUCCAGCAGCUGUGGAAGAAAAUUUACAGGACAAUGACUCAGUGGUGGAAGAGACGGUUAAUGAAGCUCCUGGAGGAGAGACAAACUCAGCAGAGCCUCAAAAGGACGUAGAAAAGACAGUUGAGAGAACAAACUCUGCUAGAAAUGAGGAAGAGGAGCUUCAGGUCGUCACAUCUCUGGAUGCUCCGGUUCAGGAGAUGAAAGUGGAAGAAACUAUCAGCCUGGAGGUAGCAGGAGAUGAAUUUAGGAGAGAAACAGAUGUUCAAGAUGAAGGAGAAAACCCAGCAGAAAUGCUGGUCUCUGAUGAACAGAGUCCGAUUCAAUCGUCUGGGGAUGCUAAAGAUGCUGAAGGAGCUUUAUCUGGUGCAGACGGGUCCAAACAGGAAGUCUUAGAGGAACCGAAGGGCAGUGCUGAAAGCACUGAAAGACUAAUGCCGACGAUGUCACAAGGAAUCCUGAGCACAUACCUCACUGAGGAGGCCCAGCAGAACCUUGUAAAAGGACCUGACCCAAGGGAGGAGGGGCAGCCACAUUGA